AUGGUGUUGAUGGAUAGUCCGACGAUUCCCCGAGCAUGUAGAAGGUCUUGGUCCAUCAGCGAAGAGUCGUUGAGGAGAUACGUGCAUUUCGCGAGCGAGAGCUGCAUACAGGAAUUGCUAUCAGCCUCCUCAUCCAGCUCAGACCUCCCCAGCAACAGCGGUGAAGAAGAGUGGAAGAUUGUCAGCACUCUGCAGAACAUUAAUGGAGGAGCCGAGAUCUCCAAACGCAGGGGUGCUGGUGGGUCGUCUUUUCCUGCUUUCCGCAACCGCUGUCUCCUGAAAUCAGUCUCCCCUCAACAGUUCAUCUCUGUAGCCAAUGCUAUUGAUGCUGCCAGGCAAUGGGAUACGGAUCUGGUGGAAGCAAGGUACAUAAAGGACAUGGACGACAAUCUGAGCAUAGUCCAGUUGAGGUACGGCGAGAAGUCGAAGCAGCCCUUGUUCCGGAACAGGGAGUUCGUGGUGUACGAAAGGAGGGAAACCAUGGAAGACGGGACACUUGUAGUGGCAAUCGCGUCGCUCCCCAAGGAGAUGGCCGAAGGUUUGCCAGGAGAUCAUCGUCACAACUACCACAACAGCAGGGCGAAGAAGAAGAUGAAGAGCAACGCGAUCAGAGGGCUGGUGCUGCACUCGGGCUGGGUGGUGGAGAAGCUUCAGCACGACUCGUCCUGCUGCAUGGUCACGUACGUCGUCCAGCUCGAUCCAGGCGGUGCUGGAUGGCUCCCCAAGUGCUUCGUCAACCGGCUCAACACCAAGCUGGUCAUGGUCAUCGACAAGCUACGCUUCAUCGCCCAGUCGCUUCCUCAAAUUUCCCACUCGCUGUUGCCGGAUCACCAUCAUCAUGAACAGGAAUGA